AUGGAUUCCAAGCGCCGCAAGACCGGCGACCAGGAUGUCAGCGCCUUGAGGUUGGCGUCGCGCCAGAAAUACCUUGCCGAACGCGAAGCGCAACAACUCGCCCUACUCCGCCGCCAGGUCGCCGAGGAAGCAGAAGAGGAGGCGAGGUUGGGGAAUAAGCUGAGCGAGAGAGAAAGAGCAGAGUUUAAGAAGAAUCGUCAGACCCUGGAGCUGGCCGAGGCGCGAAAUGCCAUCGACGAUUCCCGACUACAGGAUGGCUUUCAUUUUCAAACGGACUCGGAUAACCCCCUCCUGGAGGGUACCGCGAGUAAAAACGACGUACUUUAUCGUCGACACAACGACGCGUACGACUCCAGGCCUCAGCAAGAUGUUCCAGAUGCGUACACGUCAAAUCCACGUAUUCCUCAGGACCAAGACAUGUACGAAUACGUUUUCGAUACAGCUAAUGAGGUGCGCUUCACAGCGGAGGAUGUAGCUCGCAUGGACCCUGCCAAGCAAGCUCUUGAAGCUCAACUCGAUGCCGCGGAGAAGCGAGUUUUGUCAAUCAAGGAAACCCGCGAAUCCCUUCCAAUCUUCAAGUAUCGACAGGAGUUACUCGAUGCUGUGGCCAACCACCAGACCUUAGUGCUGGUCGGAGAGACUGGUUCCGGAAAAUCGACACAAGUGCCGCAAUUUUUGGCCAAUGAAGGCUAUACGAAGGCCGGAAAGAUUGUGGUCACUCAGCCACGACGUGUAGCCGCCAUGAGUGUCGCCAAGCGCGUAGCAGAAGAGUAUGGCUGCAAGCUCGGCAACGAGGUCGGAUUUUCUGUCAGGUUCGAGAAUAAGACGAGUGAAAAAACAGUCUUGAAGUUUGCCACGGACGGAAUUUUGCUUAGAGAAGCCAUGGUGGAUCCCUUAUUACUUGAGUACUCCGCGGUCAUGAUUGACGAGGCACACGAAAGACCGGAAUUCAGACUUCUCAUCCUCUCCGCCACCAUCAACGCCAAACAGUUCUCGGAUUACUUUGACGGCGCGCCCCUAUUUUCUGUUGAGGGUCGUAGCUGGCCCAUUGACAUCCGCUACACCAUAGCUCCAGAAGCAAACUACCUAGCCGCAGCAUGCACGACUGCUUUACAAAUUCACUUGGCAUCACCUCUUGACCAUGGCAUGGGCGGAAUCCUUAUAUUCCUCACUGGCGAAGAAGAGAUCCUGGCUGCUGUGGAAAAUCUCGAGACAACUAUGAAGAAACUCGGGAGCAGGGUACCGGAGCUCAUUGUUCGUCCCCUGUAUAGCGCGCUAUCCAGCGAAGCCCAAGCGAAAGUGUUCGAGCCGACUCCGCCCAAUGCUAGGCUCGUUGUGGUUUCAACAAAUAUUGCUGAAACAUCAAUUACAAUUGACGGAAUCAAGCACGUCAUCGAUUGCGGCUACGAGAAGACCCAAACUUACGACCCUGUCAGCAACAUCAGAUAUGCAUACCGUCUAUACACGAAACACGCUUACUACAACGAGCUCCCCGAGCAGACAGAGCCUGAGCUGCUCCGAACAUGCCUCGAUGGUGUCGUGUUGACAUUGAAAGCGCUGAGAAUCGACAACCUCCUCGAGUUCGAAUUUCUCACAUCCCCUAGCAGUACCAGCGUUUGCAAAUCAUUGGAGAGCUUGUAUGCUCUCUCUGCCCUCGACUCGACCGGGAGGUUGACGAAACUGGGACGGAGGAUGGCCGAAUUACCGCUGGACAUCCGACUCUCAAAGGCGCUACUUGAGUCAGAGCGUUGGCGCUGCAGGUCCGAAAUACUCUCAAUCAUCAGUGUACUAGGAGAGAGUGCCUCCUUGUUUCUGAGACCUCGAGACAAGAAGGUAGCAGCUGAUGCGGCAAGAGCGAGGUUUGCAAGCACCGAGGGCGGUGAUUUCAUGACCUAUCUCAACAUCUGGAACCAGUACGAGGAAAGCGGCUUCGAUAGUCGUUGGGCUACUGAGAAUUUCCUCCAGUGGAGGUGUCUCAGUCGGGCUAGGAACGUUCGCGAUCAGCUCGAGAGUCUUUGCGACCGCGUUGAGGUACCGCAUUCGAGUUGUGGCAUCGCAGAUCACGUCGCCAUCCGGAAGUGCUUAACUUCGGCCUACUUCGUCAACGCUGCAAGACUCGCGCGUGAUGGGCUGAGUUAUCGCACAAUAUCGAACAACGGGAUGACGGUGUUCAUCCACCCCUCUUCAAGCCUGAUCGAGAACCGGCCAAAAUGGAUAGUCUUCUUCGAGAUCGUAGAGUCAUCCAAGACUUACGUACGAUCCGUCUUACCCAUCCAACCAGAAUGGCUGGUCGAGGUGGCACCUCACAUGCACACUGAGAGCUCGAUAUCCAAGCUCGGCGACAACAAGAAGAUGCCCAAGGCGACGGCGAAGAUGCUCAAGGAAAGAUAG